GAAAAUUCUCUCUCUCUCUUGCGAAAUUUGGAGAACCGUUGUUUCUCUGGGGAUUUCACCUUGCAAUUUCUGUAUCUCUAUUGCGAUUUUCAAAAAUCAAACACCCAUGGAUCCAAGAACACAUGUGCCUUCUGCUUCGUCUUCGUCUGGGUCUGAGGUCGGUUCAUCAUCUUCAUCGUCGGACAAAAAUCUCCCGUUACAAACGUGGGACCCACAGUUAAAGAUGGCACCUGCGGAAGUUCUCAUUAACCGCUCCGUUAAAGUGGAAGAUGAGAAGGAGCUGUGGUUCGUGCUCAAUGGUGUGUCCGUGCGAUAUUCGAUCAUUGAACACAUACUUAUAUCUGGUUUGAAGUGCGGGGAAUAUCCAGAAGAAUGGGAGAGCUUCAAGAAGAGUGAAUUCAGGAAAAAAGACUUUCGAACUUAAGAAGGUUUGUUUGAAUGAUGUGGUGGAGAAAUUGUGAUAUAUGCCAACCAAGAGGGCAGCGGAUCGUAAGAGAUUGGCUAUUCUAUGUUUGAGGGCCGGAAUCUUAGAUCAUGCUCUGUCAUCUGAACAAAUCAGCCAUUGUGUACCAUUGACCUAUU